AGGUCAGCCUCUGGUUGUCGAGGUGUAGCUCCUUGUUAGGUUAGGUUUGAACUGAGCCACUGCUGGAUCCCAAGGAAAACUAUUUGCCGGGUUUUACUGAGGACUGGCUGCUCCUCGCAGGAUGCCCCGGGCAAAGGUUGGUGCUUGGCAGCAGGAGUUGCUGUCUGUGCCUGCUCUGGGUGACUGGGGCUGUGUUGUGCCCCUGCUCUCCCUGUGUCCUGCCUGACAUACAUGACGCUUUGAGAUGUCGGGGAGCCAGCAGCUGGGGAGAGCUGUGCCGUGCCUGCGCUGCCGAGGGACCUGCAUGGGCUUUGAGCCACAUUCCUGGAGGAAGAUCUGCAAGUCGUGCAAGUGCAGCCAGGAGGAGCACGGGCCGAGCUCGGAGCUGGACGAUGACCGCAAGGUCGGGCUCCUGCUGGCCGGCUCCCGCUACUCCUCGCUGACCGCGCGGCUCAAGGGCGGCGACGGCGCCCGCGUCUACAAGAGGAACCGCAUGAUCGUCACCAACCCCAACAUCUCGGGCAAGGACCCCACCUUCGACACCAUCACCUACGAGUGGGCCCCCCCGGGGCUCGCCCAGAAGCUGGCCAUGCAGUACAUGGAGCUGAUCCCGAGGGAGCUGCAGCCUGUGGCAGGCACGGACGGGGCCCUGCAGAGGCGGCAGAGGCUGGCCAGGCAGCUCCCGCUGUACGACCAGGACCCCGCGCAGUGCCGCGGCCUGGCCGAGGGCGAGCACCGCCUCAUGGAGGAGUUUGUGAAGAAGUACAAGGCCGAGGCGCUGGGCGUGGGGGAGGUGGCACUGCCCGGCCAGGGCGGCGGCGGGAAGGACGAAGGGAAGGCCCAGGACAAGAGCAUCGACCCCGGCAAACCCCCCGAGUCCACCAACGGGGCCCUGGAGAGCACGGCCGGGCACUACCGCUGCGAGACCUGCAAGCAGGCGGUGCCCGGGGACUGCCCCGUGGUGUUCGCGGACAGGGCCGGCUACUCCCGCCUGUGGCACCCGGCCUGCUUCGUGUGCUGCCGCUGCUCCGAGCCCCUCGUCGACCUCAUCUACUUCUGGAAGGCCGGGGCCGCCUGGUGCGGGCGCCACUACUGCGAGAGCCUGCGGCCCCGCUGCGCCGGCUGCGACGAGAUCAUCUUCUCGGAGGACUACCAGCGGGCAGAGGGGCUGGCCUGGCACAAGAAACACUUUGCCUGCCUGGAGUGCGAGACGCCGCUGGUGGGCAAACCCUUCACCCUGGCCAACAGCAGCCUCCUGUGCACCAUCUGCAGCCAGAGCAAGCGCCUCUGAGGGGGGCAGCCGGGGCCCCCCGAGGUCCCACCAGGACUGGGGGCAUUGGGCAAGUACAGGAGAAGGAGAAGGUUAAAGAAAUUAGAGCCUGAGUAUUCACUUGCAUCCAGCACAGCCCGGGGCGGGUAUUUUCUUGGGGUCC